AUGACCUCGACCUCUGCUAGUCAGCAACCUUCUGGUUCAUCGGCUGCUGCACCGAUCUAUACCACCACAGUACCGCUAGCCAAACCUCCAGAUCCUCUUAAUCUCGAAGACAGGUCACGUAGAGGCGAUAACUGGUUACACUUUAAGAGAGCAUGGCAAAUCUAUGAACGGGCGGCUGGGAUAAGUCAAAAGGACGGCCCAGUCCGUGUUGCUCAUUUUCUUAACAUCGUUGGAAGAGAAGGAGUCCAAUUGUUUGACACCUUUACCUUCGCUGAAGACGAAAGCGCUGACAAUAUUGAUGACGUCCUGGCUAAAUUUGAAUCUCGUUGUUUGCCGCAGCGAAAUCAGACGUAUGAACGGUAUCUCUUCAACAAGAGAGAGCAAGAACCAGGAGAAAGUGUCGAUCAAUAUUGCACAGCACUGAUGCGCCUUUCUGAACACUGUGGGUUCCUAACCCUAAGAGACAGCUUGAUAAGAGACCGCCUCAUCCUUGGAGUCAAGAAUGAUCGGUCACGCAAGAAACUUUUAGAGAAGAAAGAUCUCACUUUGGAUAACGCGUUGGAUAUCCUGCGAACACAAGAGCUAACUGAUAUACGCGCUUUAGACAUGACAACUGAAGAAGCUAAUGUGAAUAGGGUAAAAGCCAAGAAAACGAAACCGCCUAAGACCCAGACUGAGGAUACAACACCGCAUAAACACACUUCAGGUAAGAAGCGGACUCCUCCGUGGAAGUCAAGAGAAAAAAGUUCUGGUAACCCCGACAAUGUAUACACACGAGAAUGCAAGUUUUGUGGUACUGUUCACGAGAUGAAAAAGUCAGCUUGUCCAGCAGUUGGCAAGAAAUGCACCAAAUGUGGCAGAGACGGACACUUUGCAAAAAAAUGCCACUCUCGCUCUGUCAAUCACGUACAAGAUUGUGAAAUCUACAGCCACAAACCCUCCCCCACAUCAGCUUAUGUAACGGCGUGCCUUAACAAUAAUGCCCAAGUACAACUUCAGAUUGAUACAGGUGCUUCAUGUAAUAUUCUCCCCAAAAGUGCCUACAUCCGGGCUACAGGAGACAAACAGUGUACAAACCUUGAACAGUCGUUUACAAGGCUCAUCAUGCACAACAAGACUGUAGUCUGGCCACUUGGUCAAAUCCGCCUACUUACUGAACGGAAAGGAAGAAAAUAUGGAGUUCUUUAUCACAUUGUGAAGCAAGAUUUGACACCCCUCCUCUGUCGAACGACGUGUGAAAAGAUGAACCUGGUCAAAAUCUUGGAUGCUGACGUAAAUGCGAUUCACGACGAAAGAAUUGACGUCUCGUCAAAUGUUAGAAGUGAUCCUAUCCUAUAUGAAUUUACCGAUAUCUUCACUGGAAUUGGCUGCCUUGAAGGAACCUACUCCAUUCAAGUGGACGAAGGUUUCCGCCCGGUGGUACAUCCCCCUCGUAAAGUGCCAGUCCCACUUCGAGAUACCAUCAAGUUAGAGCUGGAUAACAUGGUGAAGAGUGGUAUCCUCGCCAAGGUAGUUGAACCGACAUCAUGGGUCUCUAGCCUUGUCAUAGUGAAGAAAUCUAACGGGAAAAUACGAGUAUGUCUGGAUCCUCGAGAUCUCAACCGCGCAGUGAAACGCUCGCAUUAUCCACUUCCAACUAUUGAGGAAGUAGCAACUCGCCUUAGUGGUGCUAAAGUCUUUAGCGUGUUAGAUGCCAAAUGUGGAUUCUGGCAGGUACAACUUGAUGAAAAGAGUAGUUACUUGACAACCAUGAACACACCUUUUGGUCGCUAUCGAUAG